CUUCUAAAACAAAAGCUUCAACUCAAACUGGAGAGAGAGACAAAAAAAAAAAAAAAAAACCAUUUCACGAUCAUUUUUGAUAUUGAGUCACUGGGAAAAGUACACAGACUUCCAUCAGCUCACUGACUGAUAAUCUUUAAUGAAGUGACAGCUUUCAUCUAUCACAGUAUCUGUCAUAAUUAUGUAAGACAGAGAGUGUGGCGCUUAGUGACCCUCAAUAGUUUGGCCUAUUAAAGACCUCCUGACUUAUGAGGCUUACCUGUAAGCCCUCACCCAAAAUACCUGGGCCUUUGUAGCACGUUGCCGGUGGGAGGACUUCAGGUGUAUAAAAGCUGCAUCAGCAUCCAGCCACACAGAAAAGAGAGACUGCAAGAAGAAAGAAGAUCCUGUCUUUGUCUUGCAGCUGCUUUUAUUUGCUUCUUCUCUGCAAAGAGAAACUUCUCUGAAGUCCAAACUUCCAACCAAACAAGUGAGUGCAUUUAUAUAAACUAAUUUUGCAAUAGCUAACACAAGCAAGAAAAUGAGUGAUGUGCUUUUUAAAAAGUUUAUUCUAUUCAUCAGAGUUUAAAAAAUGUUUGAUAUUUUCUGGAAAGACUCAUGUUGUAAAAAAUUAAUAUGAAAUGCAUUUCUCUGCACCUCAGAUUUAUCAAAAAUGUUACAGUUUCAUUUUGUUAAUUUCCAUGUAAUAAUAUUCAACUUAUCUCAUUUCUAAUGUAAGCUUUCUGUGACUGCUGCUACAUAUAUUUAUCAGUGUUCCACCUUUUGUAAAUCAGAUUGUUCAUUUCUUUGAAAACUACAAAUACAACACUCAUCCCUGAAUUUUGAAAUUUCAGACACAUAGAACUGUAGCGUUCUCUGUUCUUUUUCAAGACAUUUUGUUUGACUGUUUGAAGUUUUAAGUAAAGAAAAUCCCAACCAUUAUCUCGUAUUUCCUUAUAACACUCAGAAUACAAAUCUAUAGAUUGCUGGACCAAGUCUCUCCAGCGGUAUAUGAUGUUAUAUAUACUAAAAUCGAUCUUCUGAUUAUUAAGACAUUCUCUUUGAUUUGUUCAAACUCAGCUGUCAGUAUUUCAUCAGUUACCUAGAAUGCAAAUGAUGUCUUUCAUGUUAUGAAGAUUUAAAUGUUUAACUUUGGCCGCAUUCCUCACGUAAAGCACAUUGUUUCAGUCAUGGUAUUGUAAAAGUGCUUUAUAAAUGAAAAUGGUCAAAUGCUGUGUGGUAUUGUAUGCAAUGAAAAUUAGGAAAAUAUAAUCAUUUUUAACAUCUGAUACAAAACUAAGAAAGCAAGUAGGGUCAGGCUGUCCUAUAAAAACUUACAUUUUCUAUUAUUGUAUAGUGAUAGCAAUAACUGUGUUUUUUUCUUUUAAUUAUUCUACGUAUUUGCGUUCUUGCCCACAAUUUUUGAGAUAGUAAAAUGAAUUUAAAAAAAAAACCCAAAUCAUUGAACAUUUCCCCAGUCAACACUGCAGGUGCCUUGGUCAGCAUGUUGAGGCACAUCCAGGCAUCUUAAUGUGUUAAAUAUGCCCUUUGAGGAUUAAAUUAUAAUCUUAAAGGUAAUCUGUGUCCCAGAACACUCCAGCCUCUGUUAGAUCAUCCUCAGGUCAGAUUGUGAUCCUCUGUUUUCACACACUGAUCCCUCACCUUUAAUAGCUGAGCUGUCGCUUUGAGUCAGGGGGCCGCUAAGAGGAUUAAAUCUUGAGAAUAUGAGGUGUAUUUAUGACACUUUAGCUGAAAAGACCAAGUUAUUAAUAGUGAGUUUUAUAAACAGUGGGUUAAACUCUUAAGGAGAUAAACUUUUUCCUUUGUUGUAUUUCUAAUAAAGUUCAAAUAAACCCUGUUUUGUGAUCCAGAGUUGUAAAGAUGAAUGCAGGAGUCACAGGAAGCGGAAAGGCCGCCCCUCCCAAGUUCAAGCAGAAGGAGACCAGGCAGUUCAAGAGCAAGGCUCCCAAAGCCGGACAGAAGGGCAUGGGAAACGAUGUCCCAGGGAUGGAAGGCCUUGGAGAUGCUAACGUGGUCUGCCCCUGGGAGGCGUUUGGCGACAUGGAGCUGAGCGACCUGGCGCAGUUUGGCAUCGUGUAGAUUCCACCCUGGACCCAGAAAAUGUGGUUUCAUGUGUUUUUAUUUUUUUGAGGUUGGGGUCAUCAGGUGUGGGUUCAGAGGUCAUGGUGGAUCACAUCUCUGUGAUUUCAGGGUUUGUUUGUUUUUUUCUGGAGCCUGUUUCUGUAACCUGUCUUGCCAUAAUCAAACCCAUUAGAAAUAAAUAUAUUCUCUUUUUAAUUAUUUUUGCUACACAAAUAAGCUACCUUGUAAUUAGCUUUACAUUCUCCUUUAAUUAUGUAAAUCUGCCAUUUCCUGUUAGAUUUGGUUCAGUCAAUGUCGGUACACUUAAAUAAAAUAAUUUUCCUCUGACCGUUUGUUGUCCCAUGUUUUACUGAGUUGCAGAAACUUUUCUUCCAUAUUUUCUGUAAAAUAAAUAUUAAAAUGUUGAUACAAAUCAGUUUACUACUUAUUUAAUCUACAGCAAAUUAUCUGAAAUCUCUUUUAAGAGUAACAUUCAAACUUUCAGAACUAUUCCUUUUCCUAAGUGGUGGAGCUGCUGUUAUUACUCAAAAACCAGUGAUUUGUUAUUAAUAAGUGAGUUGAAUACUUAGUUGAAUAUUUUCUCCCAGAAUAUUGUUUUCUGGUGAAAUUAAGAUUCUACCGGACAUGCUUAGUGUAGAUCAGACUAUUUUAUGUUGUUUGGUUUGAGAAAUUGAGCUGUAACAACUGACGCUAAUCUUUAUUUAUUGAAAACUCAACUUAAAAAAGUAAUAAAAGAAGUAACAUGAUAUUCAGAUGAUGGUGAAAGACAAUGAUAGAAAAGUUCUGUGAACUAAAACAUGCAAAAAUUCUCAUUUUCUUACUUUCUUACUCCACUUCAGUUGAUUUCUGUUAUAUAAACUUACACUAACCCUUCAACAACUUCUCUGAGCAGCAAACAAAGUAUAGUCAACUAAUAUUAGCUUUUAUGCUCCCACAUUUAUGACCACAUAACAGUAUGUAUACUAAUGUGUUAUUGACAAACAAAAUGGGCACAACACUGUCUCACUGCCUCUUGUCUGUUUCAACAUCACUGACAUUUCACAUGAAAAGUUUUAAAAAAUGAAGUCUCCAUGAAAGAUUAUGUUUGAAAAAGGAUAUACAGAUAUUCAUUUGCAUUGAUGAUGUUAUAAUCCAAAUCUUAAGGUUUCUAAAUCCAAACAUACCUGAGGAAAGUUUGAAGUCUCCCAUCUAAAGCCGUAGCCUCAUCAUGGAGUCAGUGAAGGAUUACCUGAAGAGGCCAGAUUUACUGUAACAGAUUUAAUCUAAGAUCUCAGAGCCUCAUGACCAGAGAGAUCUCCUUUACUGCUGCUGCUGUUGUGAAAGAAAGAAGUCAUCCCAUUACCCUUUUGAUUAAACUUCAUUUUCACUUUAAUUAAACAUCCAUUUUUUUUAUUGGAAUGUGAGAUUUUGUUUAAACAGCAAGGAUUAUCUGAGGCCAAGAGUACGUGAGAAUUCAGAAAAAUUAAAUAUAAACUGAAUGAAUCCACAUUUUGUAUGUUGUUACUACAUAUUUGAUGUAAGUGUACUUUUGAAAAAACAGGAGCAAACUCAAAUUUA